ACACCCACAUCCUCACCUCCCUCCGCCUCCGAGUGCCACCAAACCCUAGAUCUCGCACCGGCGGCAGCCAUGUCCAAGCCAUGGGGUGGCGUCGGCGCGUGGGCGCUGGAUGCCGAGCGCGCCGAGGAGGAGGAGCGCGAGCAGGUCCUGGCCUUCCCGGCGCCCGAGCCACCCGCGGCCGCGGGCGGCGCCGCCAGCUUCCCGAGCCUCCGCGAGGCGGCCUCUGCUGGCGGCAAGGGCAAAUCGAAGAAGAAGAACAAGGGCACCACGCUGUCCCUGUCCGAGUUCACCACCUUCGGCGCGGCCGCGGCCCAGCGGCGCGCGGCGCCCGUCGAGCCCAAGGGCCUGACCCACGAGGAGAUGAUGCUGCUGCCCACGGGCCCCCGGGAACGCUCGGCCGAGGAGCUGGACCGCUCUCGCGGGUUCCGCUCCUACGGCGGCGGCGGCGGCGGCGGCUUCGGCGCAGGCGCUGGAGGGGAGCGCCGCGGCGGGUUCGACGACGAGGGCCGCCGCGGGCCGGGCAGAAGCUCCGAUCUUGACAUGACAUCCCGAGCGGACGAGGCUGACGACUGGGGCGCCACUAAGAAGUUCACCCCGGCUCCCGCCGACUCCGGCCGCCGCGAUAGGUUCGGUGGGCCUUCCCCUCUCGGCCGCGCUGAUGAUAUUGACGACUGGUCACGCGACAAGAAGCCGCUCCCGUCGCGCUACCCCAGCCUUGGUUCUGCAGGUGGCUUCCGUGACUCGCCGGGCUUCCGCGACUCAUCAGCUUCUUCUGACGCUGACCGUUGGGUCCGUGGAGCCACCCCUAUGCCACACAACGGCCAGGGGGCGGGGGAGAGGCCACGCAUCGUCCUUAAUCCACCUAAACGUGACCCGUCAACUGCCUCUACCCCACCUGCUGAGGUGGCUCGCAACCGGCCAAGCCCUUUUGGGGCUGCAAGGCCCCGGGAGGAUGUGCUGGCUGAGAAGGGGGUGGAUUGGAAGAAGUUUGAGAAUGAGAUUGACCAGAAGACCAGCCGCCCUACCAGUUCGCACUCCAGCAGGCCGAAUAGUGCUCAUUCCUCCCGCCCUGGCAGCCCUGGGUCACAGGUUUCGGCCGUUGGGAGCGAAGGAGCACCAAGGGCACGGCCAAAGGUUAACCCAUUUGGUGAUGCCAAGCCAAGAGAAGUGGUGUUGCAGGAGAAAGGGAAAGACUGGAGGAAAAUUGAUGUUGAGCUGGAGCAUCGUGCUAUAAAUAGGCCGGAGUCUGAUGAAGAAAGAAAUUUGAAAGAAGAAAUCAACCUCCUGAAGGUGGAUCUUAAAGAAAUCGAGGGAAAGAUGAGUAAUGGUUCUGAGCAGACAUCGGUAGAUGCAAAAGAUUUGUCUGAGAAGAUAUCUAUGUUGGAAAGCCAGCUUGAGCAGCUUUCAAGGGAGUUGGAUGACAAGAUUCGAUUUGGGCAAAGGCCACGUUCUGGUGCAGGCAGGGUUACAACACUUGCACCCACUAGUUUAGGGGAGGAACCACAGGCUACAGUGGUGGACAGACCACGUUCUCGUGGUGGUAUGGAACCACCCCCAAGGCAGGAAGAAAGAUGGGGAUUUCAAGGAAGCCGAGAAAGGGGCUCGUUUGGUGGAAGCAGAAAUUCAGACAGGCCAAUGGCAAGACAGAGAUGGUGAAGUUGGGACAACAAGCAUCUCUUAGGGACACUUCUGGAUCGCAGUCCCUUUUUUGUUCUGAAAGGAUGGGCAAAAAUAAGUCGUUUUCUGUUUGUCGUGUUUGUUUGGUCUUAGAAGAUUGUUGAGGGUGGAGAUAACUCCACAUGAAGCUAUUGGUUGUCAAGUCUGUAUGCCGUAGGAUGCUUUACAUUUCCCUUUUUGCCGUCUUCCAUGUCAAAACAAUAUCUGGCAACCUCCGAUACUAACUGUUAUUCAUGGGUCACUGAAUUCCGGAUCAGCUUUUGUCAUAGGUCGUUUAUUUCAGCAUUGAGUAAUGGAAACCUUGAAUUUGCACUUUUACUA